UCAUCAAGUUUCAUAUCUUCUUCUGCAUCUCAUCACUUCACGAGUCCCAGAUUUUUCACUUGCUGCUCUUUCAAGAAGUUGCUUCAUCCCUACAAGAGAAGAAGACAGAGAUACGGUUAUAGAAGCCAUGAAACGAUGCAAAUGUCCUGACCUCAAGAUACAACUCCCUAACCGCAACGUGGCUCUCGCUGUCCCUCUCCCACUCCCUCCUCCUUCCUCAUCCUCCUCCUCCGCCGCCAAAAGUUUAUCCGAGCUAAAGAGCCUGCACCGAAUCGGAAGUGGCACCGGAGGAACGGUCUACAAAGUGAUCCACAGUCCCACCUCGCGCCCCUUCGCUCUCAAAGUGAUCUACGGGCACCACGAGGACAACGUAAGGCACCAGAUAUGUAGAGAGAUCGAGAUCUUGCGAAGUGUUGACCACCCUAACGUCGUGAAAUGCCACGGCAUGUUCGAUCACAACGACGAGGUCCAUGUCUUGCUCGAGUUCAUGGACAAAGGGUCCCUCGAAGGAAGGCACGUGUCGCGAGAAGACGAACUCGCUGAUCUCACGCGCCAGAUUCUCAGCGGCUUGGCUUACCUUCACGGCCGUAAAAUCGUCCACCGUGACAUCAAACCGUCGAAUCUUCUCAUAAACUCGGCCAAUAACGUCAAGAUUGCUGACUUCGGAGUGAGUCGGAUCUUGGCGCAGACCAUGGAUCCUUGCAACUCCUCCGUCGGAACCGUCGCUUACAUGAGCCCGGAGAGGAUCGACUCCGAUCAGAAUGACGGACGUUACGACGGUUGCGCCGGAGAUAUAUGGAGCCUUGGUGUUAGCAUCUUGGAGUUCUACUUGGGGAGGUUCCCUAUCGCUGUGAGUAGAGAAGGUGACUGGGCGAGUUUAAUGUGUGCUAUUUGUAUGAAUCAGCCGCCGGAAGCUCCGGCGACGGCGUCUGAGGACUUUCGUCACUUCAUCUCUUGUUGCUUGCAGAGUGAUCCUCCUAAGAGAUGGUCUGCGAAACAGCUUUUGCAGCAUCCUUUCAUACUCAAAUCAACCGCUGGUCCGAAUCUCCCUUAAAUGUUGCCGCCGCAUCGUCCUCUACCUUCGUCGUCCUAGUUGUUUGCUUUUCCCUCUUGUGAUAAAUAAUAGAAUCUUGUAUGGUUGUGACAGAACUACUUAUGUGUUCCAAUAAAAAAGAAGAGAUAAAUUAGUUAAAGCCAUCUCUUGUUUUAUUACAACACUUUUUAAUGUUUUUGUUUGAGGAAUUAAAAUUGUUGGGACCAGGGCCUGAGUUGACCACAGGAUUCUUGACAAAACAGUAAUACACAAAAGUCAAUAUCUCGAAGGAAAAUCAAUGGACUGAAGGAACAUUAUCAAACCAAGCAGAUACUCACGCGCUCAAAAGACUCGUCGGUUCUUCGUUUAUAUUCUCCCCUGAGAUUGCAUGUUAA